CCUCAGCUCAAAAGGCAAAUAAAUAAAAAAUAAUUCACUUGAAAAAACGAGUAUUUAUUUAUUUGUAUACAUAUAUAUAUAUAUAUAUUUUUCAGAAGUGUGAGAUUGACAGGCAGAUCCCCACCGGAAAUAAAUUAAAUAUAUUUCACCCCACCUUCAAAAUCCUUUCAUAAAACCCCCCACAAAAAUUUCACCCGUCCCUUUGCAAAUAUAAAUUUUAAUAUUUUUCUGGUAAUUUGCCUUAAUUCGGAAAGAGACUUGUGUGUUACAUGAUGCUUGGCGUCUCAGGCCUCAUGGGGAGCUCCGGAGACGGCGCGGCCGCGGCCCCCGCAGAGGGACACGAGAGCGGCGGCGCGAGCGGAGGCAGCAGCGAGGUCGGCGGCGCAUCCAGCUCCGUCCCCCCGGAGGAGAUUGGCGGCGGCGGCGGCGGAAACCGGUGGCCGAGGCAGGAGACUUUGGCUUUGCUCAGAAUUCGCUCAGAUAUGGAUGCUGCUUUUAGGGAUUCAAGCCUUAAAGGUCCGUUAUGGGAAGAAAUUUCCAGGAAAAUGGCGGAGCUUGGAUUUCAACGAAGCGCCAAGAAAUGCAAAGAGAAAUUCGAGAACGUGUACAAGUACCACAAGCGGACAAAAGACGGCCGCGCCUCGAAAUCCGACGGCAAAACAUAUCGAUUCUUCGAUCAGCUGGAGGCGUUGGAGAACGCUCCGCCGCCUCCCUUCACCCCUCCGCCGCCGCGCCCUCUCCCUCCCUCAAUCACCGCGCAGCCAAUGCCGGCGAGCGCCCCAAUGCCAUCACAUAUUACAACUACUGUUUCAUCAACUAGCCCUACGCCUUUGAGCGUGCUGCCCCCAAUCCAAACCCCCAAUAUUAAUCCCAUCAACAAUUCCUCUCCUUUUCAAUCCCCGCCACCGCAGGCGCCGCCGCCGCAGUUUAAUCCCGCGGGAUUGCGCUCGGAUUCGACGUCGAGCUCGUCCACCUCCUCCGACGAGGAUAUACAUCGGCGGAGAGGGAAGAAGCGGAAAUGGAAGGAUUUCUUCCAGAGGUUAAUGAAGGAUGUGAUUCACAAGCAGGAGGAUUUGCAGAAGAAGUUCCUCGACGCGCUCGAGCGGCGAGAGCGCGAUCGCGUGGCGCGGGAGGAGGCGUGGCGGCUGCAGGAGAUGGCGCGGAUGAGCCGCGAGCACGAGUUCCUAGUCCAGGAGAGGUCGAUCGCCGCCGCCAAGGACGCGGCGGUGAUCGCGUUUCUGCAGAAGGUCACCGACCAAAACAACCUCCAAAUCCCAAUCCCAAUCACCACCACUAACAUACCUCAAUCCCUAGCGGCAAUGCAGCCGCAGCCGCAACCGCCACCGCCACCGCCACCACAGCCCAAAAAUCAAAAUCCAAAUCCAAAUCCACCUCCGCCGCCGCCGCAAAUUCAGCCGCCGCCUCCGCCGCCACUGCAACUUCCCGCGACGGUGCCGGUGACACCUCCGUCAAAAGGCACGGAGGCGGCAAAAAUUGAUAACGGGGGCGGGGAUAAUUCGAUGACGUCGGCGAGUUCGUCGCGGUGGCCGAAGGCGGAGGUGCAGGCGCUGAUCAAUUUGAGGACGAGUCUGGAUCUCAAGUAUCAGGAGAACGGGCCGAAGGGCCCGCUGUGGGAGGAGAUCUCCGGCGCGAUGGGGAAGAUGGGGUAUAAUCGGAGCUCGAAGAGGUGCAAAGAGAAAUGGGAAAACAUCAACAAAUACUUCAAGAAGGUGAAGGAGAGCAGCAAGAAGCGGCCCGAGGAUUCCAAAACGUGCCCGUAUUUCCACCAGCUCGACGCGAUAUACCGAGAGCGGGCCAAAAAUGACGCCGCUCCGUUAUACGCGGAGCCCAUCAUGGCCCGGCCCGAGCAGCAGUGGCCGCUGCCGCCUCAGCGGAAUCCGGCAUUGCCCGAAAACGAGAGCGAGAACAACGAUGACGAAGACGACGAUGACGAUGAAGACGAGGGAGGGGGGUACGAGAUGGUCGCCAACAAGCUGCCGUCUUCCGCGGCGGAGUGAGCUGAGAGAAGGAAGAGAGAGAAAACUCAGAAAAGAGUAGGCGGAGGUGUGUUUAAAAUGGAGGCAAGAAAUGGUGGGGGCGAGAUGUCAGAGGCGGGGGCGUCGAGGAGGGGUCGGAAAAACGGUGAAAAACGAUUCAUUCACAUGGGGCGGCGCGGCAGAGGUGGCGGCGGCGGCGGCGGCGGCGGUGGAUGUUUUUGUAAGAUUAUUAUAUAAAUUUAGUUUUUUUUGUUUUAAAAAUGUUUUUCUUUACGAUUUAUUUAUUAUUUUGAAAAUUAAUAAAUAGAGGAUCGGGUGAAUAGGAAAUUGGUGAAAUCUGGAUAUGGAAUAAUAAGGGGGGACAGUAUUUAAAAUUUGUAUUUCUUUUACUUUUCUUCUUUCUUGGGGUUUUAUUUUUUGUUCAUGGAGUGUAAAUGUCAAAGAUUAUUGAUUUUGAUAAUGUUGGUUACCUUUUUAAUUUUCAA